CCCACCCCAGGCCCACAGGGGGGACCCCGGGCAGGCUCCAUAUCCUGAGCACCAGGGUCCCCCAGGACACUCUCUGGCCUUGAGGCCGUGGUGCCCGACCACCCGACAAGACAACACAUUGCUGGGCUCACCGGAGUUCCGGGUGCUGUAGGGGCCUGGUCUCCACAGAGGCUGAGUCCUCAGAGUCUAGGCUGUGGCUGCAGUGCCCCUCACCGGCCACAUCAUGUCGCAGGCCUCCGCAAUGUCGCCGCCUCUGCGCUCCCUCCUCCUGGCCCUGGGCCUGGGGCUGGCUGGAACCCUCAAGCCCAAUGACCCCAAUACCUGCAGCUUCUGGGAAAGCUUCACCACCACCACCAAGGAGUCCCACUCCCGGCCUUUCAGUCUGCUCCCCUCGGAGACCUGCAGUCAGCCCUGGCAGAGCCCCCACACCUGCCCUCAACCCACGGUUGUCUACAGGACUGUCUACCGCCAGGUGGUGAAGACGGACCACCGGAAGCGCCUGAAGUGCUGCCAGGGCUUCUACGAGAGCCGUGAGGCCUGCGUGCCGCUCUGUGUCCAGGAGUGUGUCCACGGCCGCUGUGUGGCCCCCAAUCAGUGCCAGUGUGUGCAAGGCUGGCGAGGUGACGACUGCUCCAGUGACUGUCCCCCGGGAGUGUGGGGACCACAGUGUGACAAGCCCUGCAGCUGUGGCAACAGCAGCUCCUGUGACCCCAAGAGUGGGGCAUGUUCCUGCCCCUCUGGUCUGCAGCCCCCCCACUGCCUUCAGCCCUGCUCCCCUGGCCGUUAUGGCCCUGCCUGCCAGCUCUCCUGCAACUGCCACGGGGCACCCUGUGACCCCCAGACUGGAGCCUGCUUCUGCCCCCCAGGGAGAACGGGGCCCAGCUGUGAGGUGUCCUGUCUCCAGGACACGGUUGGCUUCCACUGCCCCAGCACCUCUCCUUGCCACAACGGGGGUGUCUUCGAGGCCUCCCGAGGCUCCUGCAGCUGCCCACCUGGCUGGAUGGGCGCCAUCUGCACCCUGCCCUGCGCCCAGGGCUUCCAUGGACCCAACUGCUCCCAGGAAUGUCGCUGUCACAACGGUGGCCUCUGCAACCCGUUGACUGGGCAGUGCAGCUGUGCUCCUGGCUACAUGGGGGAGCGGUGCCGAGAGGAGUGCCCCGUCGGCCACUUCGGACAGGACUGUGUGGAGACGUGCGACUGCGCCCCCGGGGCCCGCUGCUUCCCCAACGGCGCGUGUCUGUGCGAACACGGCUUCACCGGGGACCGCUGCACGGAGCGCCUCUGCCCUGACGGUUUCUAUGGCCUCAGCUGCCAGAUGCCCUGCACCUGCGACCCAGAGCACAGCCUCAGGUGCCUGGGGACCUGGUCAGGGACUCAGGAGGCCCGCGGGAGAGGCCUUGGGUGCUGAAGCCACCUGAGUCGUAUCCGGGGCAUAACCAAGGGCGGGAUGGAUUGCGCCCGCUGCCUGCAGGGCCGGCACUGCGCUAGCCUCUGUCCGCCCGACACUUACGGACUCAACUGCUCCUCUCGCUGCUCCUGCGAGAAUGCCAUCGCCUGCUCCCCUAUCGACGGCGCCUGCAUCUGCAAGGAAGGUUGGCAGCGUGGUAACUGCUCUGUGCCCUGCCCACCUGGAACCUGGGGAUUCGGUUGCAAUGCCAGCUGCCAGUGUGCCCACGAGGCAGCCUGCAGCCCCCAGACUGGAGCCUGUACCUGCACCCCUGGGUGGCAAGGGGUCCACUGCCAGCUCCCCUGUCCAAAGGGGAAGUUUGGUGAAGGCUGUGCCCAUCGCUGUGACUGUGACCACUCUGAUGGCUGUGACCCUGUUCAUGGACACUGCCAGUGCCAGGCUGGCUGGACAGGUACCCGCUGCCACCUGCCCUGCCCUGAAGGCUUCUGGGGAGCCAACUGUAGCAACACCUGCACCUGCAAGAAUGGGGGCACCUGCCUCCCCGAGAAUGGCAAUUGUGUGUGUGUACCUGGAUUCCGGGGUCCCUCCUGCCAGAGACCCUGCCAGCCUGGCCGCUAUGGCAAACGCUGUGUGCCCUGCAAGUGUGCUAACUACUCCUCCUGCCACCCCUCCAAUGGAACCUGCUACUGCCUGGCUGGCUGGACUGGCUCAGACUGUUCUCAACCAUGCCCUCCAGGACGCUGGGGAGACAACUGCGCCCAGCCCUGCCAGUGUCACCAUGGCGGGACCUGCCACCCCCAGGAUGGAAGCUGUUUAUGCCCCCCAGGCUGGACCGGACACCUCUGCUUGGAAGGCUGUUCUCCAGGGAUGUUUGGUGCCAAUUGCUCCCAACCAUGCCAGUGUGGUUUUGGAGAGAGGUGCCACCCAGAGACGGGGGCCUGUGUGUGUCCUCCAGGGCACAGUGGUGCCCCCUGCAGGAUUGGAAGCCAGGAGCCCUUCACCAUGAUGCCUACCUUUCCAGUGCCCUAUAACUCACUGGGGGCCGUGAUUGGCAUCGCAGUGCUGGGGUCCCUGGUGGUGGCCCUGGUGGCAUUGUUCAUCGGCUACCGCCGUUGGCAGAAAGGCAAGCAGCACCAACACCUGGCAGUGGCGUACAGCAGCGGGCGACUGGAUGGCUCUGAGUAUGUCAUGCCAGAUAUCCCUCUGAGCUACAGUCACUACUACUCGAACCCCAGCUACCACACCCUCUCCCAGUGCUCACCUAACCCUCCACCCCCUAACAAGGUUCCCGGCAAUCAGCUCUUUGCCAGCCUCCAGGGCCCUGAGCGGCCAGGUGGGGCCCAUGGGCCUGACAACCACACCACGCUGCCUGCGGACUGGAAGCACCUGGACAGGGGUAGCAGCCGCUUGGACCGAAGCUACAGCUGUAGCUACGGCAACAGUAAUGGCCCAGGCCCAUUCUACGGCAAAGGACCCAUCUCUGAAGACGGGCUGGGGGCCAGUAUGGCUUCCCUGAGCAGUGAGAACCCCUACGCCACCAUCCGGGAUCUGCCCAGCCUGCUAGGGGGCCCCCGGGAGAGCAGCUAUGUGGAAAUGAAAGGCCCUCCCUCAGGAUCUCCCCACAGGCAGCCUCCUCAGCUCCCGGCCAGCCAGAGGCCGCGAUACCCCCAGCCACAGCCGCAGCCGCAGAGAGACAGUGGUACCUAUGAGCAGCCUACUGUUCUGCCCCAUGACCCAGACUCCGUGGGCUCCCAGCACCCCCAGCCUCUGGGCCCGACCCCCGGCCACUAUGACUCGCCCAAGAACAGCCACAUCCCUGGACACUAUGACUUGCCUCCUGUACGGCACCCCCCAUCCCCCCCACUUUAGCACCGGGACCCCUGAGGGGCCAAGAUGGUGUGCAAAGGCCAGCACACCUGUUCUUGCUGCCCAAGGUUGGGGACAGAGCCGGCUGAACCCUGCCAGGAGCAGGGAGAGGUCUGGCAGGCCGUGAACAUGAACAUGUUUAUGAACAAGUUUAAUAGAGGAAGUGAAUGGAGAGAUGGGAGCCUGGCUCCCGCCUCCACAUUGGGACCCUGGCUGGCAGGAAGCCUGCAUUCCCUUUCCCCAACCCACUGCCCCCCAAGGCUGCCAGGGCCUGUGUACAUACACUGGUGGGUUGGACAUUGCUGGAUAACUCUGAUUUCAUAUUGAUGUAAAAAAAUGUAUAUUUGAGCACCUUUUCUCUGCA